AUGAACCACACUUCCCAAACCUUCACUCGCGCCAGUACCAGCCUUCCCCUGAACUAUGAGAUGCUCAGGGAAGAGCAUGAGGUGCAUGUGCCCGGGGAGCUCUCGCCCGUGUCUCCGAUGGGACCAACCGUGAUCAACAUCCACAGCAAGACCUCGGUGCCCGGCCACGUGGUCUGGUCCCUGUUCAACAUGGUUUUCAUGAACUUCUGGUGCCUGGGCUUCAUCGCGUUCGCCUACUCCGUGAAGUCUAUGGACAGGAAGAUUGUGGGCGACGUGAUCCCGGCUCAGGCCUACGCCUCCACCGCCAAGUGCCUGAACAUCUGCACCCUGGUCCUUGACAUCCUAAUGGUCACUGCCAUCAUCAUUUGUUUCCUUAUCGAACCAGCAAUAAUCCACCAAAUGGUUUCAGAGAUGAAAAAAUAUUUCGAGGGCUUCCAGUAG